AUGGACAUGGAGCGAUGUAGGAUAUGGUGGCCAUGCCAGGAGCUGCAGCUCAAGCAUAAGCCCUUCUCACCGAGGCUCGUCCUGUUCGGAUGGUUCUUUAGCAGUGCUGGUUCUAUCGACAUCGUCAUCGCUGCAGUUGUGCCCCAAGUUCACAUCCUGUGCUCUUUUGCCACACUCGACACCCUCCAGACCAUCGUCCUUUCCUCAAAUAAAAGGAUGCCAGUAAGCCUGCAAGAAUCUGCUGCAUUUACCAUUCUCGGGGAUUGUGGCCGACACCCCCCUACAGGGUUAGAAGAAUACUGCUUUAAUAAAUUAGAGCAGCUGCCCUUGGAUGCAAACUUUGUUCAGAAAGAACAUUUUGGUACAAGAAGAAACAAUGCCAUGAUUGGAUCAGUUGGGAAUGGGGAUCAGGGUCCAAGUUAUGACCAUAGAAGAUGGGGAUGUGAUUGUUGUGUGUUGGAUGGUUUUCUGGAUGCUUGCAGAAAGUCUGCAGUCAAAGAGGGCAGUUGGAUGCACUUGUAUUGGAAGUUUGGAAAGAACUUUAAGAGCAACCUGAAUCAAGUUCCAGUUCUUCACCAUUUGUAUCUUGAUGGCCAACAGAUUGAAAACAAUCGUUGCCACGUCAUACCAUAUGAGGUUCCGACCAUUGGCAGAAACCAUUUCUCACUGGGUUUGGAUGCACCUCGCAAGUUGAAUGUUUCUUUCAAAAAACCAAAUUGGAUAAAUGAUCUACAAAAGCAACCAGCAUUUCUUGAUUUGGAUUCAAUUGUUUUGGCGCUUAAUUGUUCAAAUGCAGCUAGACUGCCAGACACUCAGGAAUGUUCUACCACGAGCUCUGGAGCUUAUUUCAUCUUUGCAUCUGUUUCAAGUAACAUGGCACUGUGUGGGGAUAUCUUUUGCUUCAGCAUCAACUAUUCUCUACAUCAUGAUUCUAAUGUUCUAGAAAUCUGUCAAAUUCUCUACUGGCCAAUUGUCCUCCAAGAUGCUUCCCUAAGCUCCACUGUGAAUGUUGAAUAUGCACACAAAGCUGCAAUUCGGAAGCAUGCUUUUUGGUCAAGUAUCAUUGUGGAUCUCCUGAUGGGUUUUGUCCUUGGAGCAGCAUUCUUGUUAAAUACGGAGACUAUUUGUAUUUGGACUAUUGCUCUCGUCCACCACAUGACAGAAGCAAUCUUGAGAUCCGGUUGUGUGUGGCUGAUGGGUGUUCCAGCUGGUUUUAAGCUGAAUACAGAGUUAGCAGAGCUCUUAGGCAUGAUUUCUCUUAAUGCAGUUCAAAUUUACUCUACCCUUUGGUUCUUUGUGGGAGGCUACCUGAGGCAUAUAAUUCAAGGCAUUGCAGUCUCUGGAAUUAUUUUAGGUCUGACAGCUCCAGUUUCAUUCUUUAUUGACAUUAUCCAGCUUGCUACGUUGCAUGUUACCAUGCUUCACUGGUUAAUCUCAUCGCUAUAUUCAGGACAAAUUCAGACAGUAGCAUCAUUGUGGCGUCUUUUCAGAGGGCGCAAAUGGAAUCCUCUUAGGCAGAGGUUAGAUAGUUAUGACUACACAGUUGAACAGCACGUGGUUGGUUCCCUGCUGUUUACACCAGUCCUACUUCUUAUACCUACAACUUCUGUAUUCUAUGUAUUCUUCUCUAUCUUGACAACAACGGUUAUCUGGGUCUGUGUGAUGCUGGAAAUUGUCAUCGCUGUAAUCCAAUCCACUCCUUAUGCUGAGUUAACUCUAUGGGUGAUGAGGAGGCACAGAUUUCCUGCUGGGUUAUUUUUCCUUCAUGUGCCAUCAAGUGGACAUACUUCUGAAGAUGGCAACCUAUCAGCGCAUCCAAUCGGAUGUUGCAAUGAAAGGAGAAAGGAGGAUCUCAUCGACAAACUAUCAGAAUCAUUAGUUUCAGAACUUCAUUGCAGCUAUGGCACUCUGGUUCAAGUAAUCAGAUCAAAUUACGAGAGAGUUUUCAACAGGACUGGUUACUCAUUUUGCAAACAAUUGGCAUAUGGGAUCCUUCGUAGUGAAAGGGUGCCUUCAUCGCUGCAUCUGCAGCCGUCUCCCUCAUUUCCCUGGAUGAACAUUGAUGUUACAGAGUAUUGGAUGCAGUGCUAUGUUUGUGUCCUUCAGUGUGCACCAAAGAGUUUUGAUUUACAGUUUGGAUUUACGAACAAGACCUCACCAAUUGCUGAUGUUUUCAGAGAUCCAUGA